AUGACUACGGCGGUCCCAACGUUGAACGAGCUAUCGAGCCUUCCGGAUGUCAUUUCUGGUUCGCCUCUCGCGUCAAGCUCAUCCAAUCUUAAAUUUCUCGCCGAACUACCGACACAUGCACUAUCAGAGUUGCUCUCAACGCCGACCGCGCUCACGACACAGUCUCAUACAUUGACUUCCUCGCUCACUGCAUUAACUCACACGUCAUACCCAACUUUUCUAUCCCUUCAUCACACAUCCACAGCGCUGCUUACAUCCCUUUCCUCGUUUGACACGUCUCUUGAUUCUCUAAUCAACACCGCUUUACCAGCUCUUGAUGAUGCUGCACGCGUUUUUCGCGAGAAGACUGGUCCAGAGGUCAUCGAGGGUAGGCAGAAGGCACGUCUCGUACUGGAGCAGCACGACAAGCUGCGGGACUUGCUUGAUAUUCCAGUGCUCGUUGACACAUGCGUCCGCAAUGGGCUCUACGCAGAAGCUCUUUCAGUCGCUGCCCACGCGAAGAGUGUCAGUGAUGACAAGGAAGCCGCGCAGGGAUUGCCGCUUCAACUUGCGGAUUCAUUACAAGCUGAGAUAGCCUCAUCGUUGCAUUCCAUGCAGCUUAUCCUUCUCAACACUUUAUAUGAGCCUGCUCGGAAGCUACCAGCAUUCUGGAAAGCAGUGCAAUUUCUUCGUCGAAUGAAGGCGAUGCACGAGGACGAACUGGCGCUCGUGUUUAUCAGCGCUCGGAUUGGAUGUCUUCGCGAUGCCUUGGAUGGCAUUGAAAGGGAUGCUGGUAUACCUUCGGACGCCGGAAGAGCGGAAUUCAAGUUUCCUGCUGGGAGCACUAUAGAGGAAAGAGAGCGGGAGGUUGAUAGGGAGGCUGAUGACAUCGCCCGGUUCCUCAAGAAGUACAUCGAUAUUUGGAGGGAAGGCGCGUAUGAUCUUAUCACACAAUAUACGACAAUAUUUCUCGACCGUUCACAUGCUGGGGCACGGAUAGCACCACCUGCAGAUCAGGAUGCUUCGGCAUCCUCAUAUAUCAUUCGACAAACGUUGCCUUCAACACUUCUGGAACUGCUCCUUCCGACUCUCCGAUCGUACCUUGAGCGUGCUUACCCACACCUCGCACCCCUUGCGACACAGCUUGCAUAUUGUAGUUCUGCUUUAGCGCGUGCAGGGAUGGAUUUUCGUGCUUUGCUGUCACCACUGAUUUCGCGAUCGGUUGUCAGCGGUUUUGCGCGAGACGUACGACUCAGUGUAGAGCAUGAAUGGUUUGCAGUGCUCGCAAAACACGUCACGAGUAGACCUAGGCCCUCUCCUCCUUCCGUUUGGUUGGUAGCCACACCAAACAGUUUGCCUGCGUUCAAGACGCUGGUUCUCUCGCCAUCAAAUGCUCCGCAUUCUCCGCCUCAAGUGCUAACAGCCUUCCCGCCGCUUGCGAAGAUCUUGAACGCAUAUAUCCGCGUGCUUAACAGGCUGCGCAUGCUUGCACCUGUCGAUGCUUUGUCGGGCAUCGUGGAUGGUGCUGAAGAGUGUCUUGCAAAUGCAGGCCAUGGUCUACUACAGUAUUCCAGGGACUGGCAAGGUGGGGAUGCGAAGGAGAUACAGAUUCUGCAAGCGGCUGGGGCAGCAUAUACCCGGGUUCUUGUUCCCUGGCUGCAGCGCGCUAUUGUGGAAGGUGUUUUCAGCGCCUCACUUCAGGAUCGUCAAUCUGCUGCUGAUGGAGGGGGAGAUUCCGAUGCGGAUGAAGAAGGCAAACGUGAGUUAUCUGACAUAGUUAGAGAGUGGGAGAGUUGGCUGGGUUCCACAGGAAUAUAG